AUGCAGCGUGGUAUGACUAGAAGGGGAUACAUCCAAGCUGCAGAGGGAGGAGGAGCAGCUGUCGAUACGGCUGACAACUCCCCUCAAGAAGGUUCUCGUCGCCGCCUGUCAGCUCCACUUGCUGCAGCCGACGGGCUGGAGAGCACAUUGGACAGAACCUCCAGCGGGUCUCAGGACUCCGCUGGUCUUGGGGGGUGCCCUUCAAGGGCUGAGGUGCAGUCUUUCUUUUCCUUCUUGUUGGCCUCCAUGUCUCCGCCGCCUCCCCAGCAGCAGCGACAGCAGCAACAGCGGGUCUUGCCGAAUCUCGCAGCAGCCGUUGAUGGUGUUCUCUUUUUGGCAGCCUGUGCUGUCUCCCCCCGGUGGAUUUUAAGUCUUGCACCUGCAGAGCAGUCACCACUAGGGCCGCGCAAAGACAGCUUAGGAGUUGCUGGAGGGGGGAGCAGCGCGAGGCAGAAACAGCAACAAGAUUGGCUGCUCCUGUGUAGCCCUGCUUUUAAUGCACAUCCGCCGGAGACUUUGCCUUUGCGGGCCCUCACUGCCUUCUUCGUUUCUCUCCGGCAACUCCUACCCAGGCUGCCGCAGUCGGCAAUUACCCGCCUCAUAGCUCCUCUCUUUGCCCUUGGUCGGUCAAUAGCUUUCGGGUCCCAUGUCUUGCCAGAGGUACCGGAAGAAGUGCGGGCUGUGGCUGAGGCUUUGGUGCUUCUGCUGCACGGGGUGCUGCAACGAGCUGCAGAAGAGGCCCCGACGCUACUACCUGGGGACACGGUGCAGAGGGUCUCAACUGCGUGCAAUGCAUUGACUGACUGGAGCAAAAGACUAUCUCCCAGCAACGGCGGCAGGUUGGUGCCGCUGCUGUUGUUGGGGGCGCCACCUAGUUUACAGUACCCUAUUCAGGAGGAAGACCUCUUGGAGGCGCCCGCUUCGGGGGUCCCUGGGUGUGGCGCUGCUGCUGCACUUGCGCUAGCGCUACACCGCACCGGGGCCUCCCCACUGCCCUGGAACAUCUUGCGGGCAACUGCCAGCAUGAUAGAAGCCUCUGCAGCAGCAGCAGCUCGCGGGCUCCAAGCCGUUGGUGCAUCACAUCAGCACGUGGCUGGAAUUGUCGAGGCCCCUUCCCGCCUGGACCAGCGAAGAGACUACCCACAAGAGGCCCGCUCACAGCACCAGCAGAAAGUGAAGCAGGAGCAGCAGAAGCUGCAGGUCGGGGUGUCACCAGCACUGCAGACAGCGGCUGAAGAGCUGCGUCAGUUGGUGACAGCGAGGGCCUCCUGGUUGCCCGUAUAUUAUUUAUUAAUGCGUCUAAAUGGUGGUAUUUGGCUGCCGGCUGUGCAGCAACUAGCGGAAGCUGCUGCUGCCCAAGGGGCUCGUCUAAUUGAGCUCUUCAUAUCACAGCAGCAGAGGCAGCGAAGCGUCCGGGAAGCGGAAGAAACUCAAAGUGCUGCCUGGGCUGCCGUGGGGCGAAUGCUUUACUUGGAAGUGCAGCAGCUUUCUAUUUCGCUUGCGCGGUUGCACUCCCUCAGGCCACUGAGAGGAAUGGGACACUUUGCUGCUUCUGCUGUGGCGUUCGAUCGAUUCCUGCAUGAGCAGCAGAUAUCUUCGUCGCAGGACAAAGGGGUAACAGGAGCACCAGGAUCGUCGGGCGAAACUGUUGUACCCUUUUUGAGGCCUCUUCUGCACACUCACGAUCCCCCCCGGGACCUGAAGGAGGCCGAGAGGAGAAUCCGUUUCUUCUGCUCUCUCGUCACGCUUGGGGCAACAGAUUCUUCUUUGCUGUCAGGUGUUACUGUCUGUCUUCCCUCAGAGGGCCAAAUAAACUCUUCGAAUUUUUCAAGCACUCACCAGCCUCCGCAGAAACAGCAGCCCAGCAGUUCCCGCGUAACAGCAGCAAAACAGAUAUCCGUCAAGCUACUUCAGCGUCUUUUAUUCGCAUGGAGUUGGGUCGGCGAAUGGCCUCUCGUAGUUAUGGGCCUCAAACUUCUCCGUCACCGCCUUGAAAGUCUUACGCUGCAGCGCUUGCUGGGUGCUAGCACUCCUGCCUCCAGCGGCAGAGGGGGCAGGAACUUCGAGAGGACUCAAGGCAAGGCAGCCGCAGAAGAAGAUGCUGACGAAAGGAACACCGCUGAACUUGUGGGAAAGACGCUGGCACUGCUGCAGAAGAAUUUGAACGCGAAGUGGCGCUCCUUCAAAGGUGGCAAGUCAUCUCGCUUGACCUCUCCACCUCGGUCUGAGGGAGAAACAUCGGAACUUCAGGAAGCUCUAUGUAGCCUCGCCGCUACAGCUACCCUGUGGGCAGCUGUUAGCGGCUUCGAAAAGCAACGCCCCGAGGACAUUGCUCUGCUUACAUUUUCUCUCAUACCAUUUUGGAUCCAAGAGACAACAGAGGGAGCUGCGCCUGUACAUACGCAGCAACAAGUUCAAACGAUCCGUGCCGGGGCAGCAGCGGCUGCUCCAUCGGCUGAUACUGGUACCACCCAAGAGCACGAAAACAGUCAGCAGCAGUACCGCCAACGUCUGCAGGACGGAGCGAAUUUCGCUGCCCUAGCUCGUAGCUUGAAAGGGUUUCACACGUUCUCAUCGGCUUCCGGUGUAUCCCCAGCCCGUUAUGUGGACUCUUCUGCUGUAGAAUUUUAUCUGUCGGAAUUGCUUGAGAAGAAGGGUGCUGACUUGAACAUGUGGCCAUCCCCACUUUUGUUCCUUUUGGCAUACAACAUUCUCCGCCUUCGGCGCAACAAGGGAAACGACACUUUCCGAGCCUCGUUUGACGCAACUACAAGCAUAGGAACAGCGUCAGCAGAAACAGCUUCGCCUCAAGGCCACUCGAUCGGCGCUUCCAGUGCAGCGCAGCAGCACUCGCAGCAGCUCACCAGCGAAGCUGAGGCAACGGCAGCCCAGCUGUUGCUUCGAGUGGUCGCUGCAAUUGACGAGAGCAUAUCUUUCCCGGAGUCAGUUUACGGUUGGUAUCGUGCGGGUGGUUCUGGGGGUCCUCCUGAUGGCGCCGUUAAGACACCGCAGGACGGAGGUAGCUCGCCCUUCAGCUUACCAACUCUCCCUGGGAAUACACCACAGUCGAGGACUGAUGUAUCAGUUGUUGCGACGUCUGGUGCUUCGGAUUCACCGAGGCAGGCCGGAAUUGGUCGGGCCGGGAUGCGGGAGGUGGGAUCGUUCCUGUGGGCCUUGAAUCGCGCCGAAGGUGGGCUGGGCGUUCCCGAAAUCAUGGAUACCGCUGGUGCUUCAACGGAAUCGACUCCGUCGCCUUUUGAUAACAGUGAGAGGCACGUAAAGGUGUUGACUCUGCAACAAGCUGCGCGGCUUGCAGCCCACAACAUCAGACGGCCUGGAGGCUUUGCUGACAAGCUGGCGCUGUACUGUGAGGCGGCGAUAAGAGCAGCUAAUGAUUCUUUUCUUCAACGUGCCGGGACUUUGCCGACCCCUAAGGACCUCACACUGGAUAUUGGCAAGGCAAGGCAACAAAGACCCUUUGCCUCUCCUGCUGCAGCUGUUGCUUGUGGAGAGGUUGCAACCAGUGGCGGUGAAGGGGACCUUGAGGGGGACUAUCGCCCUCAAACAGUUCUAAAAAAGCUGAAGAGGUCUGGAAUAGUGCACGCACCCCUCUUAGCAGCAGAAUGUGGACUGCUACAGCUCUUCCACUUGCUGAGACCCCUGGCUGCUGCGGUUCGCGCGAUACCUGAUGAGUCAGAAUUGAUGAUCUCAGAAACGGAGAAUAGGGAUCCUGUUGACGUUUCUCCUCCUCCUGCGGGAGGCGCCUGCGACCCAUCGACGGUGGAAGCACCGACCACUGAGCAGGUAGUUGGCCCCAAAACCGGCAGACACAGCACCAGCAUCUUGCGCCUGUUGCACGGUGCACCUGCAUUCCUCUUUGCUGUAACGGCAGCGCUACUGCGGCACGCCCAGAGCAUUGCAGCCCUUCCGGCAGACUCGCCGAGAACUGCAGCACAAGUCCAGCUGCUUCUCUUGGCGGCAAGCGAUUUCGCAACCCUCCUGCACGCACACUGCCGCUUUACAGCAGCAGGAGCAGCAGAGAUCGAAGCGGAGAAAGACCGUGGAGCAGGCGCUGCUCCGAGGAUAUCUGCGGUGACAACAUCAGUGGAGUUUCGGGGGGUGCUGCAGGAGCUGCUUUCGAUUUUCAGCAACCUUGUAGUUCGGCACGCUUCGCAGAUCCGCGACUCGCUAGCGUUGCUAGCUGCAGCAGCGCAAAUCCUUAGUCUGUGUGGAAGAUACGUACCCCUUCCCGCGGGCUCUAAGAAGGCUCUUGAGGCCUUCGCCCCUGCUGCCAUGGCAGCCCUCCGCCAGCCACCUCCCUACCAGGCAGGCCCUGGGAGGUUUUCAGGUACAUCUUCCCCGCAGCCACAGCGAGGAGGUGGUGCCGAGGAACUACGGAGGCUCGCUACUGCCCUGGAGGCCCUCAAGUUUGUUCAACUGAAAUAA